GCCCGAGACCUGGAGCCUGGCGAGCCUGAGAGCUGCGGGCUCACAAAGCGGCCGGACGCGCGGCGGCGGCGGCGGGUAGCAGGAGCGCAGCGGAGCGAGCAAGCAAUCGGCAUUCUCGGCGGCCGUGCCACAGGGGCUCAAGCAACUCGGACGCGGGGACCUGGGCCGGCUCCCAAGAUGCCAGCGAUUGCGGUGCUGGCCGCGGCCGCCGCGGCGUGCUGCUUCCUGCAGGUCGAGAGCCGGCACCUGGACGCGUUCGCCCGAGGUGCGGGCCUCAACAAUGGCAAUUUCCUAGACAAUGACCAGUGGCUGAGCACCGUCUCCCAGUACGACAGGGACAAGUAUUGGAACCGCUUCCGAGACGAAGUUGAGGAUGAUUAUUUCAGAAACUGGAACCCCAACAAGCCCUUUGACCAAGCCCUGGACCCAUCCAAAGACCCCUGCCUGAAGGUGAAGUGCAGCCCUCACAAAGUGUGUGUGACCCAAGACUACCAGACAGCCCUCUGUGUCAGCCGCAAGCACCUGCUGCCCAGGCAAAAGAAGGGGAAUGUAGCGCACAAGCAUUGGGUUGGACCUUCAAAUCUGGUCAAGUGCAAGCCAUGCCCUGCGGCACAGUCGGCCAUGGUCUGCGGCUCUGAUGGCCACACCUACACAUCCAAGUGCAAGUUGGAGUACCAUGCUUGUUCUACUGGCAAAAGCCUCACCACUCUCUGUGACGGGCCCUGUCCUUGUAUCCCGGAACCUGAGCCACCAAAACACAAGGCAGAAAAGAACGCAUGCACGGACAAGGAGUUGAGGAACCUUGCUUCCCGGCUGAAAGACUGGUUUGGAGCUCUUCAUGAGGAUGCAAACAGGGUCAUCAAACCCACCAGCUCUGACACAGCCCAAGGCAGGUUUGACACCAGCAUCCUGCCCAUCUGCAAGGACUCCCUGGGCUGGAUGUUCAACAAGUUGGACAUGAACUAUGACCUCCUGCUGGACCACUCAGAGAUCAAUGCCAUUUACCUGGAUAAAUAUGAGCCCUGCAUCAAGCCUCUCUUCAACUCUUGUGACUCCUUCAAGGAUGGCAAGCUCUCUAACAAUGAGUGGUGCUACUGCUUUCAGAAGCCUGGAGGUCUCCCUUGCCAGAAUGAAAUGAACAGAAUUCAAAAGCUGAGCAAGGGGAAAAGCCUGUUGGGGGCAUUCAUACCUCGGUGUAAUGAAGAGGGCUAUUACAAAGCCACGCAGUGCCACGGCAGCACAGGGCAGUGCUGGUGUGUGGAUAAAUACGGGAAUGAGCUGGCUGGCUCCAGGAAACAGGGUGCCGUGAGCUGUGAAGAGGAGCAGGAAACCUCAGGGGAUUUUGGCAGUGGUGGCUCCGUGGUCCUGCUGGAUGACCUAGAAGAUGAACAGGAGCUGGGACCAAAGGACAAAGAGGGGAAGCUGAGGGUUCACACUCGGUCUGUGACAGAGGAUGACGAAGAUGAGGAUGAUGACAAAGAAGAUGAGGUUGGGUACAUAUGGUAG